UUGAGUGCCCGGUGUUCGUUGCAGGCAGCAUGGCAGCCCAGGUCACCCUGGAGGAUGCCCUGUCCAACGUGGAUCUGCUGGAGGAGCUGCCGCUGCCAGACCAGCAGCCCUGCAUCGAGCCGCCACCCUCCUCGCUGCUCUAUCAGCCCAACUUCAACACCAACUUUGAGGAUCGAAAUGCCUUUGUCACGGGCAUCGCGAGAUACAUCGAGCAGGCCACGGUCCACUCCAGCAUGAAUGAGAUGCUAGAAGAAGGCCAAGAGUAUGCCGUCAUGCUGUACACCUGGAGGAGCUGCUCCCGCGCCAUUCCGCAGGUGAAAUGUAAUGAACAGCCCAACAGAGUGGAAAUCUAUGAGAAAACCGUGGAAGUCUUGGAGCCCGAGGUGACCAAGCUGAUGAACUUCAUGUACUUCCAGAGAACUGCCAUCGAGCGCUUCUGUGGGGAGGUACGGCGGCUGUGCCAUGCUGAGCGCAGAAAGGACUUCGUGUCUGAGGCCUAUCUGAUCACGCUGGGCAAGUUUAUCAACAUGUUUGCCGUACUGGACGAGCUCAAGAACAUGAAGUGUAGCGUCAAGAAUGACCACUCGGCCUACAAGAGGGCUGCCCAGUUCCUGCGGAAGAUGGCCGACCCACAGUCUAUCCAGGAGUCGCAGAAUCUCUCCAUGUUCCUGGCCAACCACAACAAGAUCACACAGUCUCUGCAGCAGCAGCUGGAGGUGAUCGCCGGCUACGAGGAGCUGCUGGCCGACAUCGUGAACUUGUGCGUGGAUUAUUACGAGAACAGGAUGUACCUGACGCCUAGUGAGAAGCAUAUGCUGCUCAAGGUCAUGGGGUUCGGCCUGUACUUGAUGGACGGGAGUGUCAGCAACAUUUACAAGCUGGAUGCCAAGAAAAGGAUCAACCUGUCCAAGAUCGACAAGUAUUUCAAGCAGCUCCAGGUGGUCCCGCUGUUCGGAGACAUGCAAAUAGAACUGGCAAGAUACAUCAAGACCAGCGCCCACUACGAGGAGAACAAAUCCCGGUGGACCUGCACAUCGUCCAGCAGCAGCCCCCAGUACAACAUCUGUGAGCAGAUGCUGCAGAUCCGCGAGGACCACAUGCGCUUCAUCUCGGAGCUGGCGCGCUACAGCAACAGCGAGGUUGUCACGGGCUCAGGCCGCCAAGAAGCCCAGAAGACAGACGCUGAGUACCGGAAGCUGUUCGACCUGGCACUGCAGGGCCUGCAGCUGCUGUCCCAGUGGAGUGCCCAUGUCAUGGAAGUGUACUCGUGGAAGCUGGUGCACCCAACGGACAAGUACUCCAACAAGGACUGCCCAGACAGUGCUGAGGAGUAUGAACGGGCCACGCGCUAUAACUACAGCAGCGAGGAGAAAUUUGCGCUUGUGGAGGUCAUCGCCAUGAUCAAAGGACUGCAGGUGCUCAUGGGAAGGAUGGAGAGCGUGUUCAACCACGCCAUCCGCCACACUGUCUACGCGGCGCUGCAGGACUUCGCCCAGGUCACGCUCAGGGAGCCGCUGCGUCAGGCCAUCAAGAAGAAGAAGAACGUCAUCCAGAGUGUCCUGCAGGCCAUCCGGAAGACGGUGUGUGACUGGGAGACGGGCCACGAGCCCUUCAACGACCCUGCGCUGCGUGGGGAGAAAGACCCCAAGAGUGGCUUUGACAUCAAAGUGCCCCGUCGCGCCGUGGGACCGUCCAGCACGCAGCUUUACAUGGUGCGAACCAUGCUUGAGUCCCUCAUUGCGGACAAAAGCGGUUCCAAGAAAACCUUGCGGAGUAGCCUAGAAGGACCUACUAUUUUGGACAUAGAAAAAUUCCACCGCGAGUCCUUCUUCUACACGCACUUGAUAAAUUUUAGCGAGACGCUACAGCAGUGCUGUGACCUCUCGCAGCUGUGGUUUCGCGAAUUCUUUCUGGAACUCACCAUGGGCCGGAGGAUCCAGUUCCCCAUUGAGAUGUCCAUGCCUUGGAUCCUCACUGAUCACAUCCUAGAGACCAAGGAGGCGUCCAUGAUGGAGUAUGUCCUGUACUCCCUGGACCUAUACAACGACAGCGCCCACUAUGCGCUCACCCGGUUCAACAAGCAGUUCUUGUACGAUGAGAUCGAAGCUGAGGUGAAUCUGUGCUUUGACCAGUUCGUCUACAAGCUGGCAGACCAAAUAUUCGCCUAUUACAAGGUCAUGGCUGGCAGUUUGCUGCUAGAUAAGCGGCUGCGGUCCGAGUGCAAGAACCAGGGUGCCACCAUCCACCUGCCGCCGUCCAACCGCUACGAGACGCUGCUCAAGCAGAGACACGUGCAGCUCCUGGGCCGGUCCAUAGACCUCAAUCGUCUCAUUACCCAGCGCGUCUCAGCCGCCAUGUACAAGUCUCUGGAACUGGCAAUCGGACGGUUUGAGAGCGAAGACCUGACUUCAAUAGUGGAGCUGGAUGGUUUGUUGGAAAUCAACCGUAUGACCCACAAGUUGCUGAGCCGGUACCUGACCCUGGACAGCUUCGACGCCAUGUUCCGGGAAGCCAAUCACAAUGUGUCGGCGCCCUAUGGACGAAUCACACUCCAUGUCUUCUGGGAGCUCAACUACGACUUCCUGCCCAACUACUGCUACAAUGGCUCCACCAACCGGUUUGUUCGGACAGUAUUACCGUUUUCUCAAGAGUUCCAAAGAGAUAAGCAGCCCAAUGCACAACCUCAGUAUUUGCAUGGAUCAAAGGCACUGAACCUGGCCUACUCCAGCAUCUACGGCAACUACCGGAACUUUGUGGGGCCACCCCACUUCCAGGUCAUCUGCAGGCUCUUGGGCUAUCAAGGAAUUGCCGUGGUCAUGGAGGAGCUGCUGAAGGUGGUCAAGAGCCUGCUUCAGGGCACCAUCCUGCAGUAUGUGAAGACGCUGAUGGAGGUGAUGCCCAAGAUAUGCCGCCUGCCACGUCAUGAAUAUGGCUCCCCAGGUAUCCUGGAGUUCUUCCACCACCAGCUGAAGGACAUCGUAGAGUAUGCUGAACUCAAGACCGUAUGUUUCCAGAACCUUCGGGAGGUGGGCAACGCUGUACUCUUCUGCCUGCUGGUGGAGCAGAGCCUGUCGCUGGAGGAAGUGUGUGACCUGCUACAUGCUGCCCCUUUCCAGAACAUUCUGCCUCGGGUCCACGUGAAAGAGGGAGAGAGACUAGAUGCCAAGAUGAAGAGGCUGGAGUCCAAGUAUGCCCCCCUGCACCUUGUCCCUCUCAUCGAGAGGCUGGGGACCCCACAGCAAAUCGCCAUCGCGCGGGAGGGCGACCUGCUGACCAAGGAGCGGCUGUGCUGUGGCCUGUCCAUGUUCGAGGUCAUCCUGACCCGCAUCCGCACCUUCCUGGACGACCCCAUCUGGCGCGGGCCCCUGCCCAGCAAUGGCGUCAUGCACGUGGACGAGUGCGUGGAGUUCCACCGGCUCUGGAGCGCCAUGCAGUUCGUCUACUGCAUCCCCGUGGGCACCCACGAGUUCACCGUCGAGCAAUGCUUCGGGGACGGCUUGCACUGGGCCGGCUGCAUGAUCAUUGUGCUGCUCGGACAGCAGCGGCGCUUUGCCGUGCUGGAUUUCUGCUACCACCUGCUCAGAGUCCAGAAACACGAUGGCAAGGAUGAGAUCAUCAAAAACGUGCCUUUGAAGAAGAUGGUGGAAAGGAUCCGAAAAUUCCAGAUCCUGAACGACGAAAUUAUCACCAUCUUGGACAAGUACCUGAAAUCGGGUGACGGGGAGAGCACACCGGUGGAGCACGUACGCUGUUUCCAGCCGCCCAUCCACCAGUCCCUGGCCAGCAGCUGAGUGCCCCUUUCUCCCCAGCUGUGGUCCUGGCCCCCAGGGGCACGUUUUCCUUCCUAUCCACACUGUAGUGAGACUCCUAGGGACUCCCCCCGCCCCCGAGUAUCUCUGUGCCUGCCGAAGGGGGUGCUUUUUGAUCUCAAAGCUUAACUUUUAUAAAAUUGACUUAUUUUUCUAGACCGAAAUCCUAUGUGCUUUUGGUAACGCACAGAGAAUUGGCUGCCGGUUAUUGGUCUCCCCGUCUUAGACCCUCUUUUCUCUUCCCCAGCACGUCCCAGCAUGCAGCUGUUUGAACGUGCAGCACCUCCGUUCAUCCCUGAGCCAAGGGUCAGUCAGCAUAUCCGUUCACCCCUGAGCAAAGGGUCAGCAGUGUUUCGGGGUUAGGGGACCCCCCCUAAUGCCAUUCCAAGUCCUGGAACUCUGGACCUGUCAGAAGGAAACUUACUGAAAUCCUUUGUUAGCUCUUGCUUAUGAACUUUUUUCCUGAGUCUUUUCUGAACUAGCUUUUCUAAGCCCCUGUUCCCUUUUUUCUGAGUCCGUGUUUGAGAAGAGAGUCAAACACUUGGUCCCCUGCUCCGACGGAAUCCCCCUUGUUACGCGGUUUCACCUGUGAGGAAUGAUUUCAAGGUUCCAGAAUAAAACUAAUGACAUCUC